CGAUUCGUGCGUUUGUGUAUGAGAGAGAGAGGGAGAGAGGGAGAGAGGGAGACGCAAUGGCCGCAAUGGCACAUAUGAAGAAGUCGAUCGCCACCAUCAAGCACGCUGGACUGCUUGUAGCACUGUCAUUACUUGUGGGGGUAAUCAGCUUCGCUGUGUUCAAGAAUGCCUUGCAGGGAGAAUUUGUAUAUGACGACACUUACGCAAUUGUUCACAAUCCCGACCUUUAUUCAUCGCAGCCGUGGAUUGACAUCUUCAGACACGAUUUUUGGGGAUUUCCCCUUGAAUCGGAGAAGAGCCACAAAAGCUAUCGGCCUUUGACCACACUGACUUUUCGCUUCCAAAUGAGAUAUGCAGGCGACCAAGCUGACUCGCAAGCAGCCAAUAUGAUGCACAUGUUCAAUGUUCUAAUACAUGCGUUGAACUGCGGGCUGUUGCCGGCUCUCUUUUGCGCUUUUGGUUUUCGCUUGACUGAAUCAGUUCUGGCAGCCCUACUAUUUGCCUGUCAUCCUGUACACGUGGAAGCUGUGGCGAGUCUUGUGGGCCGGGCAGAACUACUUGCUGCGCUGACCACAAUCCUGAGCCUGAUUCUGUGGCAACUUCAUUGGCCCUCCUCUUUGCUCUUUGCUUCUUCAGCUUUGCUUUGCAAAGAGACUGCUACUGCGGUGGCACUACCACUCUGCUCAUGCCUGGAGCUGUUCCAGUGGAUGUCCGGAAAGGCAUCAAGGCCGGUCUUGAAAAUCUUGCUGCCCCUGGUCUUGAUGGCUGCUUUGCUCGCAGCUCGUUUGGCUUUGCAUGGUGGGCUGCAGGCUCGUCCGUUUAUUCACCCAGAGGCAAACCCUGGUGCCUUCGCAGCAGACCCCAUCACCAGAGUCUUGACUCUUCACUACUACUUGUUCAGGCAUUUGCGCUUGUUGAUUUGGCCAUGGCCGUUAUGCUGCGAUUGGAGCUACAUGUCUAUAGCCUCACUGGCAAGUGCAAGGGACUUGCGUGCAAUGAUACCUUUGUGGGUGAUCUAUGGACUCCCGUGGUGUCUCUUCAAACUUAGCAGAGAACAUGGUGCAGCAAAAGGAGUCCACCGUGGCAUAUUGAUUUCCAGUCUUUGGCUUUUAAUGUCACUUUUGCCGGUCUCAAACCUGCUUUUCACGGUGGGGUUCACGGUCGCCGAGCGUGUGCUCUACAUUCCGUCGAUUGGUUCCUCGGCAAUUCUGGCGCGGUUCCUCCUUCAACUAGGCCGCCAAGGCCAUUCGCAAGGCCAUUGGCAAGGCCAUCGGCAAGGCGUGGUUGGCGUGGCUUUGCUGUUGGUGCUUUUUGUUUGGUCGAGGACAUGCCUUGAACACAGCAAAGUUUGGUGGACAGGAGAGAGUCUCUACCGUUCCGCUCUCACAGCUAACCCGCGCAACGAAAAACUACAUGAUCUUUUAGCUACAAGGCUGCAGAAUAGUGGUGGAAACUUGGAGGAGGCAAUCUGGCACGCUGAAGCGGCAAUCAAAUUGAAUGCAGGAUACUGGCAUGCCCACGCCACGCUUGGGCAACUAAAAUUGGCCACUGGAUCAAAAUCACUUGCAAUUGAGCACUACAAGAAGGCAUUGCUCUUGGCGGAGAGGCAGCAAUUAGAUGAUGUUGCCGAUGCGCCCAAGGUCCGAUUGAACCUUGCUGUGAUGCUGCAAGAUGUGGAUGUUCAGAGUGCAGAGGAACAUUUUCGGCGACUCUGCACCCUGCCAUCGAGUACCCAAGGCAUGGCCAUGGUGAUUUUUGGGGCAUUCCUGGAGUCACAAGCUAGGGGGAACAGCAGCAGACUGGCAGAAGCAGCGACGAUGUAUGAGAGUGCGCUGCGUGCACCCACCGGCGCACCGGAGAGUGUGGCACAUUUGCGUCUGGGAUCCGUGCUCCGAAAGCUGGCAAAGCUGGUCGGAAAGGAGCCGACGAACCCACCACUCGAGGCCACGGGAGCAAAGCCCACAAAGCUCCAGCGUGCCAAGCUGCCUGAAAGAAUUGUAUCCUCCUGCUCAAAGGACUCGUUGCCCCUUCCUAGCCUUCGUGGAUCUUUGUACCAAGCAUCUCGCUGUUGGAGCAAGCUUUUCCGGCAGAGAUCUUGCAAUCUCGACCUGGAUUUAGUCCGGAUUCCGGGCUUAGCUCCUUGCCGGGAAGCUCCAGAAACUUUUGGAGCUGGGAGAGAGCUUCUGAGCUGUUUGUGGGUGGCGUACACAGAAGGCCCGAGCAACAGUGAAGAGGAAUUUUUGCUGAGCACUUGGCAGCUACCGGCCACAGAUGAGAGGUCAAUGCAUCACUUCCAGCAAGGUUUGAAAACCGCCCUGGCUCCGAAUUCUGAGCCCUUGGAUCCUGGUGCACGAAAGUGGCGAGAAGCUUUGGCUGUGGUAGGUGCUCGGCUCACUCUCCAAGGGCGAAUGGAAGAGGCCAAAGCGUUGCUCCAAGAUCCACGCGCCUUGCUACCAAAGCUAGCAACAGAACAACUGAAGUCUGGUGAUGCGAGCGUGGCUCUUGAAGCCUUUCAAGCAGUGGCUUCAUUGCAAGAGAGUGCGCAAACACAUCGAGGCUUGGCUGAAGCCUUUGAACGACUUGGUGACAAGGCAGCUGCCAUGCUCCACAAAGAACGUGCAGCAGAAUUCGGCAGAACUCACAAGUCGCAGCAAAAGUGUUUUCUUCGAGCGCGCUGUGUAUGAAAGCCUCCGCUUUGUGAAGCUUUUCUGCACCGUGUAGAUGUGGCACGUAUUUCGGAAAGCAGUGUUCGGCAUCGCUUCACAUGCUGUUGAUUUGAAGCAAAGGGCCGGCCACCCAGCCAUGAUGUACCCACUGAUGUUGCGAAAUAGCACAAAAACUUGGGACACCUGCGACUGCGGUCUUGAUAACAACAUACAUUAUCAUACAUUUUCCUUGAGAAUCUUGGCUGCGAAACCUGCCCAUUGGUAGUGACAACCCUUGUCUCAGCUGCCUUUGUUGGCUCUGCCGAAGGUUAGAAGAUUGCUGUAAUAUCUGCGAGACUCAUGGUUCGUCAAGGCUUUCACAGCUUCGUUGAAGCGGGCGUUGGUUUCAAUGCCUCAUUGUUGGAGGAACUUCAGGAGCUUCGGAUGGAGAAUGUCGUGGAUCUCGACUUUUUCAUUGUUGACGACAUUUUCUUUGGCGUCCUGAUCCUUUUUGGGGUCGUAGUGAUUGGUGGCUGGCUUCUUUUCAUGCUGUGUGCUUGUUGCAUUGCCUGUUGCGCAGCUUGCCAACACUCCAUGUCCAAUUUGGAAUUGGAGAACCUGCAAAACGCCACCCAGACAGACCGAUGGGACAAGGAGAAGUUCAAAGA